GGUAUUUGCUGCUGGGCAGGGAGAGGGAGGGAAUGACUGGACUCCAGCAGGGCGGAGUGGACUGCAGCUCCUCCUCCUCCUCCUCCUCCUCCUCUGCUGCUGCUGCUUGCUGCAGCCACUCUCCUGUGUUGUGUUCGAGGGAAUCUUCGGGGAAGCCCUGUUGAGACACGUGUCGGCAGAGGGAGGGAAACUUGGGACUUGGUGGAACGUGGGACUUGGGCUUCCCUCUGUCGGCAGAGGGAGUGAGACACGUGGCGCCACUUGUCCGUCCUGUCGAGUAUUAUCAUCGUCAUCUCACUGAACAAAUCUGCGGAAGCCACGUGUACCUGUCACGAUGGUUGUCCUGGCUGCGUCCAUAAUAACUAAGACCGGGAAAGCUCUACUCUCUAGACAGUUUGUUGAUAUGUCUCGAAUGCGAAUCGAGGGGUUGCUGGCAGCAUUUCCCAAGCUGGUCGGGAUCGGGAAACAGCAUACCUACGUCGAGACAGAUGAAGUCCGGUACCUUUAUCAGCCAUUGGAAUCGCUAUACCUGCUGCUCAUAACGACCAAGCAGAGCAAUGUAUUGGAAGACCUAGAGACGCUCAGGAUGCUUGUCAAGAUCAUCGAGAAGGCAAAAUAUGAAGGGGCACAAGGAUCAUAUUCGUCUGCGACGGCAAUGGGUAGUGGUCCCAUCAACAUCACCGGCUUUGACAUGAAUGGCGAUGGCGCCGGUGGCGGUUUUGGUAAUGGCAAUGCAUUUGCGUCCAUGAUGGACAUGGAGCCAUCCAGCAAGCCAGCUGCAGCGAAGGUAUCAGCCCCCGGAAAAGGCAGUGGCAUGAAGCUAGGAAAGUCGCAGAAAGCAAACAAGUUACUCGAAUCUCUCAAGGCAGAGGGCGAGAUUACAGAGUCGGAUGUUGCACCGCCCGGUGGUCAGGCAAAGACGGCGCUGCGUGUGGCACCAACAGAUCCGAUCUCCGUCGUCAUUGAGGAAAAGCUGACCUGCGUCCUGAAAAAGGAAGGUGGUCUUGAUUCGCUGGGAGUAAUGGGAACGAUCUCGCUGGAGGUUCAGAAGGAAGAAGAUGCGUUUGUCCGUGUCCAGCUAGAGACAGGCGCCAAUCAUAGCUUCAAGUUCAGGCCUCAUCCGAACAUAGACAAGGCAUUGUACGCCAAGGAGAAGCGUCUCGGACUAAGAGAUCCAUCGAAGCCCUUCCCCACUUGCACUGCAGUGGGAAUUCUGAAGUGGAUCAUGCAGACAAAAGACGAGUCGCUUGUACCUCUGACAGAUGGGUGGUUGCUCAAGUAUGAUGCGAGGCGGUCCGUCUUAGAAUGGGUGGUCGAGCACAUUGACAAUACAAACAGGAAUGGCUCCCUUGAGUUCGUUGUCCCUGCCACGGAUACGUCAGUGUUCUUCCCAAUGGAUGUCAAAUUCACAGCCACAAAGCUGUACUGUGAUAUUAAGGCUACCUCGGUGUUGACAACCAGCGGCAAUCCGGUCAAGGCGGCCAUCCGGACGGCACUUGUCGUCGACAGCUACCAGAUCGUUUGAGGAGUUUGAACAUGAAGGAGUUGUGUCCGGGGGGUGCUGGAGUUGCGCUGCGAAGAGCAGACUGAUUUUGUUGAGUGGCCUGAUGAUGUUCGAUGGCAGUCGCAGUGCCCGCAGUUUGCGCAAUAAAGUCAGCGGCAGCGAUGCCAAUGGCGAUGCCAUUUCCCGCGUGAACCUCCGAUCUCUGCCUCUAUGGUGAGGCGUCAGUUAGGGAAGAGGAGGAGAGAUCACAGGCAGACGUGGCCUUGAGCCUUAGUGGAGAUGGGGGGAUAAGAGGGUUGGCGGUAUUCAUGCAGUGUUUUCUUGAACGCACGCUUGCUGCGAUUGUUGCUUCGCUUUCGCGCGGAAAGAAGAGGGUGAUGGGGGGGGAGAAGAGGGUUGGAGGUAUUCAUGCAGCGUUUUCUUGAACGCGCACUCGCUGCAAUUGUUGCUUCGCUUUCAUGCGACGGCGGCGGAGGCAUUUGGUGAACUCCUGCAUCUGCUGCACCAUUCUUGGUUUCGCUUCCCAGCUGAUAAGAUGGGAUGGCGGAUGCGAUCUCCUUUCGCUUGUUGGGGAGGCUAGCAAUGAAGAGGGGGCUGGUUCAAUUGCUCGCUUGCACUGCAUGGUCUCUCGCUUUGCGAAUUUAGUUUCUGCGUCGCCCUUCCCUAAGGGUAGUUGCGUCAGCGAAUAAGCAAUUGGGUCAUUUUUCCAAUUGCAGUAGGAGGAGAAAAGGGGGGUGAGCAGGAGGAGGAAGAGGAGGCGGGGUGAGGGGGAGGAGGAGGAGGAGGAGGAAGAGGAGGCCGGGUGAGUGCGAGGAGGAGGAGGGAUUGCAGCUGGUAUUCUACAGCAGCAUCCAAGAAGGCAGUUGUUAAAGGGUGGUGUUGAUGCCAGGAGGAGGAGAAAGGGGGUUGAGAAGGAGGAGGACGAGGAGGAGAGGUGGGGAGAGGGGGAGGGGGAGGAGGAGGAGCAGGAGGAGGGAUUGCUGCUGGUACUCCACAGCAUUAUCCAUGGAGGGAGUUGUGAUAGGAUGGUGGUGAUGCGAGGAGGACUUACUUCAGGAACAAAAAGGAGAGAGGAUUGCGGUGCUUGUGCACUGUUCCAACUUCCAAGGCUGGCGUCAUUGCCGCACCUGUUGUUUGUCCAGCAAUAUCAGUAUCUGACAUUGCAGCGCCUGCUGCUGUGUCAGCGGAUGACAGCCUUCUGCGCGCAAACGAGGAGAUUUUGAGUGUGGCCGUGUGCGGUAUGUCAGGGCGCCGAGCUGCCGAAUUCCAGAACCAUGUUGUUUUGUACUGUGUAUCUGGAUCUUGUCACAGUCCAGAUACGUUUAGAACGAUUCGAACUCUGGAAUCAGCGUUGAACAAGCUGAUGGAACAAUUGCCUCACAUAAUUCCGGAGCACGGAAAUGGUCAUCUUCGAGGAGAGAGCUCAUUAGUUUUUUUCCAGCUGGGCUAAGCUGGCUGACGGAUAUGGAAGAAGGAUCGAACUCAACAAGAAUGCAUUUGUGCUGGAUGGAAAUUCUUGCUGUAACAGCUUGAAGCGCAGGAGGGAGAAGAGAUGGGAGAAGAGAAGGGAGAAGAGAAGGGAGAAGAGGAGAUGGAGAAAUUUGCACUGACAGCUUGAGGAGGUGGGAGUGGAGGUGGAGGUGGAAGAAGAAGAGAUAUGGAGAUAGAGGAACGGGGGCGGCCAAGAAGAGGAGACGGAAGAGGAGGUGAAGAAGAGAUGGAGAAGAGGAGAUGUAGAAGAGGAGAUGGAGAAAAAGGUAGCGAUGAUGGAGAAGGGGGUAAACAAGGGGUGAACAGAGGAGGACGAGGAGGAGGACGAGGACGGGACUCUGUUUUUUAAUGGCGCAUAAGUGUGUCUCCUUUGGUGGGUGUGUUCUUUUCGCUCAUUUUGGUUUUUGUCU